AUGGUUCACAGCACAGAGGGCGCCCUGGAUAGGACGCAGGGCCGGGCUGCUGCAGAGCGGGCGGGGGGUCUGGUCCUCAGCGCGGAGUCGGGGGCUCUGGACCGAAGUGCUGCGGCAGCAGGCGGGCGGCUGCCGGCGGGCGGCAGCCCCGCAGCUCCGGGGAAUCAGCGCUCCGCAGCGCCCCCCCGGGUGCCGACAAGUCGCGCCCGCAGUUGUGUCGCCAGGUGGCCGGGGACCAGGGGCCGGCAUGACCGGCUGCCGCCCCACUUGUGA